AUGGCACCGAUUACUCAAUCUUCCUCGGUGUCUAAAAGGACAACUGCUCGAAAGCCAGUCCCACAAGGUCCGACCGCAGAAGAAACUCCAAAGGAGUACUUCGAAAAAUGUAGAACCAAAAUUUUAAUGGGUCAUACGAAAACCGUCCGGACUGUGGCCUGGAACUGCGACGGUAGAAAGCUCGCCAGUGGCUCUGUCGAUAAGACGGUGCGCCUCUGGGAGGCCGAUCAGGAAGAUAUCAAAUAUUCGGUCAAACUACUCGGACACGAAGAAAGUGUUGAUCAAUUAUGUUGGAAUCCAUUGUCACCUUACGAACUUGCUACUGCAUCUACCGAUAGAACGGUCAGGUUCUGGGAUACGAGAGAUUCCAAGAGAAGCACUCACGUGGUAUCUACUGACGGCGAAAAUAUAAACAUUAGUUGGAGUUGGAACGGUGAAAUGGUUGCUGUUGGUGAUAAGGAUGAUAAAAUAUCAUUCAUUGACCCGAGAAAAUCACCACCAGCUAUAGUAAAAACAUAUACAGAAGUUGAUGAUUAUAGAGACGAGAUAAAUGAAAUAAGUUGGAAUCAUGAUUGUUCUAUGUUCUUUUUGACAACUGGUUCUGGUGCAAUAAAAAUGUUAGAAUGGCCAUCUUUGUCAGUGGUACAAGUCUUGCGAGGACAUACAGCAAAUUGUUAUUGUCUGGAUUUUGAUCCAAAACAACGAUAUGUUGCAGCUGGGAGUGCAGACGCUACUGUGACUUUAUGGGAUAUUAAAAACGGGGUUUGCGUAAGAACAUUCAAGGGAUUAGAAUUUCCUGUACGAACAAUAAGUUUUUCACACGAUGGCAUUUAUCUGGCAUCCGCGUCAGAAGACGAAUAUAUUCAUGUGUCGGACGUUGAGAGAGGCGGUAAACCAGUGUUUAAAAUUAGGACGCAGGCAGCCACUAAUUCGGUUGCAUGGCAUCCAAAAGGGUACCUGUUGGCUUUCGCUGGUGAUGCAGAAAUUGAUAAGCAAUAUAUUGGAUUGCAUGUAUUCGGCUUCAACAAUUGA